AUGGUGAGAUUCCUAAACUUGAUAAAGCCUGUUAUGUUUUUACUGCCUGAAGUGCAGUCGUCAGAUAGAAAACUACCAUUUAAGGAAAAGUUAUUGUGGACAGCUGUGUCUUUGUUUGUAUUUUUAAUAUGCUGCCAAAUACCGUUAUAUGGGAUUGUUACGAGUAAGUCUAGUGAUCCGUUUUAUUGGAUGCGGGUAAUUUUAGCAUCGAAUAGAGGAACGUUAAUGGAAUUAGGUAUAUCACCAAUAGUUACAAGUGGUAUGGUUAUGCAGUUAUUAGCAGGAUCUAAAAUUAUAGAUGUGGAUCAAAGUUUAAAAGAAGAUAGAACAUUAUUUCAAGGUGCUCAGAAAUUAUUAGGUUUGCUAAUAACAUUAGGGGAAGCUAUUGCUUAUGUUAUUAGUGGUAUAUAUGGGAAUUUAUCAGAAAUAGGAACAGGUCAUGCAAUUAUAAUUAUUCUUCAGUUAUUUUUUGCUGGAGUAGUUGUUAUAUUAUUAGAUGAAUUAUUACAGAAAGGAUAUGGUUUAGGAUCUGGUAUAUCGUUAUUUAUUGCAACAAAUAUAUGUGAAACAAUUAUGUGGAAAUCUUUUAGUCCAACAACUAUUAAUACAGAUAAAGGAAUAGAAUUUGAAGGGGCUAUUAUAUCUUUAAUAUAUUGCUUAUUUACAGAAUCGAAUAAAAUAUCAGCUUUAAAAAAAGCUUUUUAUAGAACACAUGCACCUAAUGUUACUAAUUUACUAGCAACCAUUUUAGUUUUUUUAAUAGUAAUAUAUUUACAAGGUUUUAGAGUAGAUUUAUCAGUCAAAUAUCAAAGCGUAAGAGGACAACAAGGAACCUAUCCUAUUAAAUUAUUUUACACUAGUAAUAUUCCAAUAAUAUUACAAACAGCUUUAGUUUCUAAUUUAUAUUUUUUUUCUCAAAUAUUAUAUAAAAGAUUUAAAAAUAGUAUACUAGUUAAUAUAUUAGGUCAAUGGCAAGAGGUAGAAUCUAGUGGUACAUCUAUACCAAUUGGUGGAAUAGCAUAUUAUAUAUCUCCACCAAAUUCUUUUGCUGACAUAACAAAUGACCCUUUUCAUACAUUAGUGUACAUAUCUUUUGUUCUAGUUGCAUGUGCAUUUUUUUCAAAAACAUGGAUAGAGGUGUCUGGUAGUUCAGCCAAAGAUGUAGCAAAACAGUUAAGAGAUCAACAAAUUGGUAUGAGAGGGUUUAGAGAUACACCCACUUCGUUAACUCGUGUCUUUAACAGAUACAUUCCCACCGCAGCUGCUUUCGGUGGUAUGUGUAUUGGUGCCUUAACAAUUUUAGCUGACUUUCUAGGUGCUUUAGGUAGUGGUACAGGUAUUCUACUGGCAGUUACAAUUAUCUACCAGUUUUAUGAAAUGCUCUUGAAGGAACAAGAAAAAGCAACGUCAUUAUUUUAA